AGUGAUCGCUCACUGAACCAGUUGGAAGAAGAAAGGGUAGCACGAGAAACCCGGAAUGCUGCUGCCGCUGCAGGUAGCGGUCGUGGUCACCAUGCUCGCGUCCCCGGCGGGGGUGCUGGGCAUCGCCACCGACGAGGACUGCAGGUGCUUCAUGUGCGUCUGCGACCUGGACCCGUAUCCGCCCCCGCCGGAGGCGCCGACCCACCACUCACCGCCGGCGCAGCCGCAGCCGCAGCCGGUCCCCUCGCCGCCCCCGCCCCCGCCCCCGCCGCCGGCGCCGGCGCUCCCCGCGUACUACCCGCCGCAGCCGUACGGGUACCCGUGGCCGACCACGUACGGGCCACCGGCGGGGGAGAUGUACCCGCGGGACGACAGGAGGAGGGAGUCCAAGUCCGGUGCGCCCCCGCGGCACGGCGGCUGCGGGCGCGCCAGCUUGGCCCUCGCCAGCACCAGCUUGGCUCUGCUGCUGUGGCUUGAGUGAUUGUUUUAGUCGCGCCGUGUCGUUCGGUUCGAUUAAUGCCUACGUAAAUCGAGUAUAUGUAUGGCGACCAAACUUUCGUGUUGGGGUAAUAAUGGGGUUGCAUUGCAUGUUGUCGCUGGCUGUCAGUGUACUAAAUUUAUGAGAUAGAGCUGCUGCUAAAAAAACCAGCAGACGAGCAGCUCCUUUUUUGUUUAAAUUUUUCGGUUACUGA